AUGGAAUCGCCUACUCAUCUUUACGCAGAAGAGUCAACCGGCGCUUCGGGUGAUAAGUCGGUCAGAGAGGCAUCUCAGACUCCGGGAGAAGGGUUGGAUACCAUCGACGGUGACACCAUGCCGAUCGAGCCGGCCCCACAUGACAACCCAUACGGCAGCGGCUCAGGCCAGUCUCAACCACUUCCCGAUUCAGCCAAUAAUAAGAGCAUUGGGGCCGGUGAAAUGGCCAUUGACAAUCAAGUGAAUGCAGAGAACGAGAAUGGUGACAAUCGAGAGCCUAGCAUUGAACUUGAAGUCGAGCACGGUGAAGCGCCAAAGAAAAAGUCUAAGAAGAGAUCUAAGCCCAAGAGCAAGCGAGGCGCAGGCAAACCUACAGGCAUGGAAGAGUACUACGCUGAUGGCCCGCUCACAGUUGAAGAAGCCGAAGCAGAGCAAGCGCUAUAUCCACCAGACGCGCCCUUCAUCAAUCGCAUCCUCACUGCCAUUCAACGCUUUGAACGGACCAAAAGACUCUCUCCAGAGCGUAGGGAUGUCUUUUACAAAUAUCUCGCAUAUGGUGGUAUCGAUGUCGGUCCCAACAUGUUCCAGUCCAAGGAAACGCUCGACACAUCCGAUAUGACCAAAGACGAGUUGGCCAUUGCCAUGUCACAAGUCUCGAUUGGCACCGACAAACACAACGUCGAUUCCCCAGAUGCUAUCUACGCAAUUGACUUCCUCGGCUGCAUGAAGGCCUUCCUCUCUCGCCGCGCUAGCGACAUCUGGGGGCUGGAAACUUGGGAAAAGACUACUGAGGUGACAUCCACCCUCGAGCGAUUCAUGCAAUACCUACUGCAGCGCGGAGUCUGUCCGGAAUACGAUCAAGAAGUGACAGAGACUCGCAAUUUCUGCAAGAAAGCAGCCGAGGAGCUGUGGACAAUCACCCAAAUCCGGCGUCGUCUUCCCGGCGACUUCAACAUGGCAUGCUCCACUCUCUGCGGCGGCCAGUUUGCCCAGAACUACGAUGGAGAGACAUACUAUGGUCCCCAAAACCCGGGAGAAGUCAACUUUGUUGGCUUGACUAAGGAGACAGCUAAUCAGAUAGUCGGCCUGGGCAUCGCAUGCCAGGCUCCUGAACACGUCUUCCAGAAGCACAACCAACUGCCUCGCAAUGCAGAGACAGGCGGUGUCGUCGUCAAGAUCGAAGAAUCCCGUCAUAGCGCCGGCUUCGAGAUCACGCGCAUCGAGGGCCCCAGCCUCACCGACCAGGAGAUCCACGACAUCUACGGCGACCGCUUCCGCAGCUUCCGACGAGUCUGCACCGUGUACGCCAAGCCUUGGGAGAACCCGGAGCGUCCACCCGUGGACCUCUCGCCUCAAGAGCAGGCGCAGCUCGACCGAGAUGACCCUGAGCAGCCAGCUGAAGAGUACGUCUUCCUGAUCGAGCAAGCUAUUACCCUCCAAAUGCGCAUGGGCAUGAAGGUCGAAGCUACACUUCACAAGCUGACGUCUGGCAUCUGGUUCUUCGACGAGUUCAUCAACUUGUACCCCAGCUUCGACACAUACUUGUGCAAUGAGCUGAUGGUCAAUUACAAGAAACCGCGUUGGCUUGAAGGCAGUGUGCAGUUUGCGGAGCAGCAGGAGCGUGAGCGGUUAGAGGAGGAGAAGCGCAAGGCGGCAGAGGCGGAGUUGGAGCAGGCUGCGAGUGGUGAGGCGGUGAGCGAGUCUGAGCGCAGUGGUGGAAACAGUGUGCUCAACGAGCAUCGUGAACAAUCCAGCACACCUGUCACAGGCGCUGCGCAGCAGGCCUGA